GCCACUUAGCUUCGCGAUGGAGCCGACCACCUGUGGCAUUUGCGAGACGCCCCUCAAUCCUCAGAGAUGGGCACAGGCCACUGUUCCUCAAUGUCGUCAUGGUUACCACUUGAAUUGCAUGCUUGACAAGGCGCAGACUGUUGCGUCAGACUUCAAGUGUAAAACAUGUGAAGAGUUUAGAUCCUCCCGCAGCGAUGGGUUACAACUACUGCUGGAUGAGUGCAGUGAAGAACUGCACAAGCGAAAUCCGACCGAUAUUGAGUUCUCCCGUGCCGAAGAGAUCAAAACUGGGCGGCUCAUGUUGCCCAUACGGAAGAUUCCCAGCUGCAUCCUUUCCAUGCGAGGCCUACGAUGCCUGGACGUCACGGGACAUCCGGUGGAAACCCUUCCCCCAGAAAUCGGGGAACUCACGUCCUUGACAAGGCUGGUGGUGGUGUCGUCUAAUCUCACAGAGCUGCCGGAAGAGCUGUGCAAACUUCUGUAUUUGGAACAGUUGGUAGUGAGCUGCUGUCCUAUCCGUCGAUUGCCAGAAGAUUUGUGCAACUUGGUGCGCCUGUGGGACUUCUACUUUGAUGGCAACCAGCUGGUGGAGAUGCCGCGGAAAUUUCCACCCCUUCUCAACGGGAUCAAAGUCUCUGGCAACCUCUUGAAGCAGUUGCCUGAUGCCGUAGGCACGUGUAAAGAUGUGAAAUCGGUGCGUGCCUAUGCCAACCAGCUGUCAUCACUACCAGAAAGUAUUUGCAAUCUGUCUUAUGCGACUGAAAUGUCGCUGCAGGGCAAUCGUUUGGAAUAUCUUCCUGCGGCGCUCGGCUCGUUGCAGCAGUUGCAGUACCUUUCUCUUCAUGACAACAAUUUGCGAACUCUGCCAGCUUCGGUGGUGCAGCUGCAAGAGCUCCAGUGGCUAUACCUGUACAAUAACAAGCUGCAGGAUUUGCCCAAGGGGAUUGGGAGGCUCCGACGCUUGGAGCGGCUAUUGGUGGAAGCCAACCCAUUGUCCAAGGCGAGCCUGGCGGAUUUGGCCCUUGGGCCGCCCCUGCGACUGCUGGGCUUGGAUGCUGCGCAGGCGGCCAGGCAUCCGGCGCCUCCAUGGGCUUCGGUUGGAUGGAUGAUUCCCUGGGGGAAGCUGUAUGCCAAGCUUCAACCGGCUUCGCAGCUAAAGCGGAAAGCAGGAGUUGAGCCGAUACAAGGUGCUCAACCUCCGGAGCACAACGAUGUGCUGGUGGUCUCAUUCGCAGCAAGCCAGGCAGAGCCAGAGUGGCUUGGGGUGCUGAGUCAGGUUCAUGCGGGGCAGAUAUCAAUAGCCGAAGCUGAAGCCCAGAUUUCCAUGGAAAAUGUGGGGACAUUUUCUUCUCUCUUUCGUAAGUUGCAUGGAGAGAAGAGCAUGGAGAAUGACGGUGAACACUUUGCCUCCACUGCAUGGCUCCUUGCUCCACCUUACAAUUGCAGGAGCAACGGGGAAGUCUUGGGUGACUUUGAUGUGCUGUCCCUCUGUGACACUGCUGCUCAAUGGUAUGCGGACGCUACCGAGAGGGAGCAACUCAAACUGGAGGACAAACUACAAAAGUUUGUGAAGGACUAUCGCAGAGUGGUGUUUCUGGGUGUGUCCAUGGGCGGCUUUGCGGCCCUGUCAAACUCACACUUGGCCAGCUCUGUGCUUGUUUUUGGUCCUCAAACUGAUCUGACCAUCAGCCACCUGCGGCCCGGCUUUGAUCCAGAGCACCUCUCAAGGCUGUAUGAGAACCUGCGCAAGAAUGUGCGAGCAGCGGUCUCUUCUGGUGUCCAGUUUCAGUAUCACGUGGGCAUUGAGGAGCACUUGGCUUAUGCCAGAAGGUUGCCCCUGCCUCGGAGUAGCAUCUUUAUACAUCCUAUUGAAGGCCGCAUAGCUCGACUGCUUGAGCGCGUCGGUAUCCUUUGGCCACUGCUAGUGAGGACAUUGGCACAAGAGCAAAGGAUUGCUAGAGGAGCAGUUCCAGCGGACAGCCUGCCAAAGGACCCUGCACCUGAAGGUGAUUAUGCCUGGGACCUGAACGACACUGAGGAGAACCUGGUGCUUGGAAUGUGGGGCCGAGGUGGAAAGCUCACCACCUGUCGCAUUGCAGCCAAGCAGCUGUGUCGAUUGUGCUGCUUCGCACCGCGGGCACACGAUUGGUUCUGCAGUCAAUGCUUAGCACACAAUGUCUCCAAGGCCAACCAAUGCCGAAGCUGUGGCGACCAAUCCGCGCCCGUGGCGACAGUGGCGGAAAGCUGGCGGCCAAACAAUGGCCGCAGUGGUCAAAAUCGCCUGGCAAUUCGUCAAAACCACGGUCCGCUCGCUACCUUGACGAAAGUGAUCAGUAGGUUCGCAUCAGUGCGAGGGCUUGCAAUUGUGGCUUUCCUAGCGUUGUUAGCCCAGUUUCUGCGGCGCAGAAGCAGGGGAUUGAAGUUAUGAUGUUAGGCAAUGCCUGCUGCUUGCUGAGGCAAGAAGGGCUUUGGUGGUCGACUCCUUCUGAGCUGUGCUUGGCACGAUUUAGUCAGCGCUCGGGUGCUUGGUCGUGACGGGCAAAUGCUCAAAAAUCCCCAUCCAAGUCAUAGCCCGCAGCCUGCGCUUGUCGCAAAGCGUGUGCUUUGGAAAGGCCGGUCAUAGCCGGUUUGAG